AUGGACGCGCUGGCCUGGCUGCUGCCCCCGCUCCUGCUUCUCUGCGCGCAGCAGCACCGCGGCACCAGGGCAAUGAAUGACAUUGGCGACUAUGUCGGCUCCAACCUGGAAAUAUCCUGGCUCCCCAACCUGGACGGUUUGAUACAGGGCUACGCCCGCAACUUCCGGCCUGGCAUCGGAGGCCCGCCCGUGAACGUGGCACUCGCCAUCGAGGUGGCCAGCAUCGACCACAUCUCGGAGGCGAACAUGGAGUACACCAUGACGGUGUUUCUGCAUCAGAGCUGGCGCGACAGCAGGCUGUCCUACAACCACACCAACGAGACUCUGGGCCUGGACAGCCGCUUCGUGGACAAGCUGUGGCUCCCAGACACCUUCAUCGUGAACGCCAAGUCGGCCUGGUUCCACGACGUGACGGUGGAGAACAAGCUCAUCCGGCUGCAGCCCGACGGGGUGAUUCUCUACAGCAUCCGAAUCACCUCCACGGUGGCCUGCGACAUGGACCUGGCCAAGUACCCCAUGGACGAGCAGGAGUGCAUGCUGCACCUGGAGAGCUACGGCUACUCGUCCGAGGACAUCGUCUACUACUGGUCCGAAAACCAGGGGCAGAUCCACGGGCUGGACAGGCUGCAGCUGGCCCAGUUCACCAUCACCAGCUACCGCUUCACCACGGAGCUGAUGAACUUCAAAUCGGCCGGCCAGUUCCCCCGGCUCAGCCUGCACAUCCACCUCCGGAGGAACCGGGGCGUCUACAUCAUCCAGUCCUACAUGCCCUCCAUCCUCCUGGUCGCCAUGUCCUGGGUCUCCUUCUGGAUUAGCCAGGCAGCAGUGCCCGCCAGGGUGUCUCUAGGCAUCACCACAGUGCUGACCAUGACCACACUGAUGGUCAGUGCCCGCUCCUCCCUCCCGCGGGCAUCGGCCAUCAAGGCGCUGGACGUGUACUUCUGGAUCUGCUACGUCUUUGUGUUUGCCGCCCUGGUGGAGUAUGCCUUCGCCCACUUCAACGCUGACUACCGGAAGAAGCAAAAGGCCAAGGUCAAGGUCAAGGAGCAGAGGGCCGAGAUGGACGUGAAGAAUGCCAUCGUGCUCUUCUCCCUUUCGGCCGCGGGCGUCACCCAGGAGCUGGCCGUGUCCCGCCGGCAGUGCCGCGUGCCCAGGAACCUCAUGGGUUCCUACAGGUCGGUGGAGGUGGAGACAGAGGAGACGAAGAAGCAGGGGGCCCAGGGGGGCCUCCGUGUGCUUUUCAAGCCCAUCGACGCGGACACCAUUGACAUCUACGCCCGUGCCGUGUUCCCGGCGGCCUUCGCCGCUGUCAACGUCAUCUACUGGGCCGCGUACACCAUGUGA